AUGGGGCCCUCGGGGUCGGGCAAGAGCACGCUGCUCAACCUGCUGGGCUGCCUCGACCGACCGACGUCCGGGUCGUUCCUGCUGGGGGGCGUCGAUGUCGCGCGGAUGGCGGACGACCUCCUCGCCGAAACCCGCGCCACCAGCCUCGGAAUCGUGUUCCAGUCUUUCAACCUGCUGCCCUCGCUUACCGUAGUGGAAAACAUCGAACUGCCGUUGUACUACAGCGGUCGGUUGGGCAAGGGAUCGCGCGAGCACUGCGAGGAGCUUGCCAAGCGGGUCGGCCUCGGCGACCGCUUGGACCACCGCCCGACGCAGCUCUCCGGCGGCCAGCAGCAACGCGUGGCGAUCGCCCGCAGCCUAGCCAACGACCCCCGCUUCAUCCUGGCCGACGAGCCGACCGGCAACCUCGACUCGAAGACCACCGACGACAUCCUCAGGCUGCUCGACGAACUCAACCGUGCAAUCCGACGAGAGGCGGUCAUGAACCACUGGGGCCGCACCCUGCGGAUGAGCGUCAAGAGCCUGCUGCUGCACCCCAUGCGCAGCGGGCUGACCGUGCUCGGCAUCCUGAUUGGCGUCUCGAGCGUGAUCUGGCUGCUGGCGAUCGGUGAGGGCAUCAGCGCCAAGUCGCAGGAGCAGAUCGCCGGUCUGGGCGCUCAGAAUAUUAUUGUCAGGACCAUCAAGCCUUCGAGCGACGACUUUGAGGGCGGGCUCUACGGGCUGACGCGGGCCGACUACCGCCGCAUCCGCGAGACCAUCCCAACUCUCGAGUCCGUGCUGCCGAUCAGGGAACUGCGGCGCGAGUUCCGCCACGGCACCCGUCGGAUGGAGGGCCGCCUGGUCGGCUGCACGCCCGAGUACAUGGAGGUGGUGCGUCUGGCCCUCGCCGAGCGUCCCGGCAACCGCUUCCUGACCGAUCUCGAUAUCGAGGAGGAACGCAACUACUGCGUGCUCGCGUACGAGGUCGCGAGGAAGCUCUUUCCCGUCGGCAACGCGAUCGGCAAACCCCUGAUGGUGGACGAGGAGUUCUACGAGGUGGUGGGGGUGGUGGCGCCCCGGGACCCCACCGCCGGCGUGGGCGGCUCGCUGGCGGCCGAGGACUUCUCCGGCGACGUCUACGUGCCGAUUACGACGCUCUGGCGUCGCGACGGCGACAUGGAGAUCAUCACCAAACCCGGCCAGUUCCAGCAGGACGUCAAAGAGCUGAGCCAGAUCACGGUCAAGGUGGCCGAGAAGGACGACGUCCUCAAGACCGCCGACGUGCUCCGCCAGACCGUCGAGGCCCAUCACCCACAGCGUGAUUUCGGCGUCACGGUGCCGCUCGAGCUGCUGCAGCAGGCGCGCACGACCCAGCUGAUGUUCAUCUUGUUCCUCGGGCUAAUCGCUGCGAUCUCGCUGGUGGUCGGCGGCAUCGGCAUCAUGAACAUCAUGCUGGCGACCGUCACCGAGCGGACCCGCGAGAUCGGCAUCCGGCGCGCCGUCGGCGCCAAGAAGACCGACAUCGUCCAGCAGUUCCUCACCGAGAGCGUGGUGCUGUCGGUUGUGGGCGGGCUGCUGGGCAUCCUGAUUGGCUUGGCGUGCCGGCCUCUGUCCGUGGCCCUGCGGAUGUUCAUGUUCUGGCAGUUCCCAACCCAGAUGGAAGCCCUCCCCGAGCUGAUCCGCACGGUCGAGCCGAUCCUGGUGGGCUGGUCCAUCCCGCUGGCGUUCGCCAUCUCGGCGAUCGUGGGCGUGCUGUUCGGCGUCUACCCGGCCACCAAGGCGGCGGCGCUCGACCCCAUCGAGGCGCUGCGGCACGAGUAG